ACAGACGGACUGCCCCGUGCGAGGAGUCCAUCAGCUAAUAAUCGCAUUUUAACGUUAAACUAGAUUAAAUAUUACAAUUCAACAAGUUUAAAAUGAAUUGUACUUGGGUUAGGGGUUAGGGUUAAUUAAUUGUAAAGUAACGAGUUUGUAUUUGCUACAACAUGGAGACGCCGUGUUUUGCUGCGCUUUCCUCUGCAAACUGACCAUUAUUUUGGAAAACAGACAUAACAGAGACAAUGACACUGACAGCUGGUCGCCUUUCCAAAGUGCUGCAGCUCACCCUGGCGGUCGUCAAACCGGACGCUGUGGCUCAUCCUCUGAUGUUGGAGGCUCUUCACCAAAGAAUCCUGGAGAACAACUUCAUCAUUGUUAGAUGCAAAGAUCUGGCGUGGAGGAGACAGGACUCGGAGAGGUUUUACGCUGAACAUUCAGGGAGAUUCUUCUAUCAAAGACUUGUUGAAUUCAUGUCAAGUGGGCCGAUGCGUGCGUACAUUUUAGCCAGAGAGGAUGCCAUUCGUCACUGGAGAGAACUGAUGGGACCUACCAAAGUGUUCAGAGCCAGAUACACCUCCCCUGCCUCCAUCAGGGCCCAGUUUGGACUCACGGACACACGAAACACAACUCAUGGCUCAGAUUCUGUUGAGUCGGCACAAAGAGAAAUCGGUUUCUUCUUCCCAGACUUCUGUGCGGACGAGUGGAUGGAGAAAGAAGAGCCAUUGUUCAGAUCUGGACAAAUCCAAUUUGACCAUCAAAAACAGAUCCACACGCUUUCGGCGCAAAGCUGAUCCCAGAGCUGCCGCUGUGGUCACUGAUCUACAACAUACUGUCAGGUCAAAGACAUAAGCGUAAAGAUUCUGCCAUUGUUUAUACUUUGCUCAUAGAAAAGCUGCCAGAGCUGACGCUACACGCUUUAUGUAAUACUGUGAAAGUGCAUGUUUGUCAAUCACCUCAGCUCCUCAAAGUGCCAAUGUGCUCAUCCCAUGUCUGUGGUAUUAAAACAGAUUUUCCUUCCAUGCCAUGUGUUGGCAUUUAAAAUAAGGGCCAUGUGUAUGUUUUUGUUUUAUUUAUUGUCAUUAUAGAAAACACAAGUGACUAGAUAAGAAAACCAGACACUGCAUUGUACAAAACAACACGAUGUAGUCAGACAGUUUUACAUUAUCAUCACAAACUCCUGUCCAGACGUCACUGUGAACAGUGACGUCGUCGUUAUCAGUUUCCUGAGCCAUUCAGAUUGUAGCACAGCAGCGACUACCUGUUGUGUCCAUGUCAAAUGAGGAAACAAUAAAAGUUUUAUGCUUUCUGAA